AUGUCGUUGAAUCGACUUAUCUUCCCUUACUUCCUCCUCGUCUUUCUCAUCCUCUCUGGCUUCGCAUCCUCUCAAACAUUACCAAAAGAAGAAGUGGAUGCUUUAAGAGCCGUAGCCACUGCGUUGAAGAAGAGUAACUGGAAUUUCAGCGUGGAUCCAUGCGACGUCACUUCUUCUGAUGGUAGUUGGAGAAAUCUUACCGUCACCAAGUUAUUCCUAGACGUCGUUACUUGUAACUGCUCCUCCACCGUUUGCCACGUCACCAGCAUAGUUCUCAAAGCACAAGACCUCCAAGGAUAUCUUCCUAAAGAGUUCGCACAACUUCCUUUUCUGCAAGAGAUUGAUCUGUCUAGAAACUAUCUAAACGGUUCAAUUCCUCCCGAAUGGGGAACCUUGCCACUUGUAAACCUAUCACUGCUUGCAAACCGGAUAAGUGGUUCAAUCCCAAAAGAGAUUGGAAACAUUACAACCCUUAAGGAACUUAUCUUGGAAUCCAAUCAGAUCUCAGGGAAAGUACCUCCAGAGCUUGGGAAUCUACAGAACCUUGAAAGAAUUCGUAUAAGUGACAACCAGUUUACCGGAACUAUACCAGAUUUCAUUCAGAACUGGACAAAACUUAAUAAACUGGCUAUUCAAGCAAGUGGUUUAGUUGGACCGAUUCCUAGUGCCAUUGGUUCUCUUGUAAAGUUAAUAGACUUGAUAAUCAGUGACUUGUACGGACCUAGUUCUCCAUUUCCACCGGUACAAAACAUGACAUCGUUGAGGACAUUGGUUCUUAGGAACUCCAAUCUUACAGGAGAAUUACCUUCUUAUCUUGGAUCCAUCACAACGUUAAAGACCUUAGAUCUUAGCUUUAACAAACUAAGUGGACCAAUCCCAGCAACAUAUGGUGCUCUUUCGAUUGUUGAUAACGUAUAUUAUACAGGUAACAUGUUAAGUGGGGAAGUACCAAGUUGGAUGGUAGACAUAACAGACAAGAUCUCAAACGUUUCGUGUCUUAGUAACUACAAAUGUCCUAAGACUUUCUAUGGCCUUCAUAUAAACUGUGGUGGUACUGAACUAACAGUAAACGGGACUAAGUUCGAUGCUGAUAUAUGGGAUAGAGGAAUCUUCUAUGAUAGUAGAAAUGGUUGGGUUUCUAGCAACACAGGGAACUUUUUGGAUGAUGAACGGUCGGCUCCCACAGGAGCACUCUUAUGGACAAAUACAUCAGAGCUUAAGAUAGCAGAGCCCUUGCUUUAUACACAUGCUCGUCUCUCAGCCAUUUCCCUAACUUACUAUGCUCUUUGUCUUGGAAAAGGAAACUAUACGGUUAAUCUUCAUUUCGCGGAAAUUAUGUUCAGUGACAAUGAAACAUAUAGCAGCUUGGGGAGAAGGUUCUUUGACAUAUACAUUCAGGGUAAGCUUGAGGUUAAGGAUUUUGAUAUUGUGAAUGAGGCAAAAGGUGCUGGAAGAGCUGUGAUUAAGAGUUUUCCGGUUAUGAUUACAAAUGGGAAGCUGGAAAUAAGAUUGUAUUGGGCUGGGAAAGGAACUCAAGCUAUUCCCACAAGAGGUGUAUAUGGCUCUCUCAUAUCAGCUGUAUCGGUAGAUCCAAAUUUCAUUCCACCAGACGAACCUGGAACUGGAAGCUAUACUUGCAAAGUGGUUGGUGCUGUAGUCGCUUCGAUGGUGUUUCUUGUGCUUUUAAUCGGUGUUAUUUUAUGGUGGAGGGGUUGCUUCAGACCCAGGAGUCAGAUGGAAAAAGAUUUCAAGAACUUGGAUUUCCAGAUUAGUUCCUUUUCUUUGAAGCAAAUCAAAGUUGCUACAGACAAUUUUGACCCAGCAAACAAGAUAGGAGAAGGUGGCUUUGGUCCUGUACACAAGGGAAAGUUAACUGAUGGAACCGUAAUAGCGGUGAAGCAGCUAUCAGCUAAAUCAAACCAAGGGAACAGAGAGUUCUUGAAUGAGAUUGGUAUGAUCUCUGCUCUACAACAUCCACAUCUGGUGAAACUAUAUGGAUGUUGCGUUGAAGGUGGACAGCUCUUGCUAAUCUACGAGUACUUAGUAAACAACAGCCUGGCAAGAGCACUUUUUGGUCCUCGAGAGAGUCAAAUAUGGCUAGAUUGGCCAAUUAGGCAGAAGAUUUGCGUUGGAAUAGCAAAAGGGUUAGCUUUUCUUCACGAGGAAUCAAGACUCAAGAUCGUACACAGAGACAUCAAAGCCACUAAUGUCUUGCUAGACAAGGAACUAAACCCGAAGAUUUCUGAUUUCGGUCUUGCUAAGCUUUAUGAUGACGAAAACACACACAUGAGCACAAGAGUCGCAGGAACAUAUGGAUACAUGGCUCCAGAGUAUGCCAUGAGAGGUCAUUUGACAGAUAAAGUAGAUGUCUACAGCUUCGGUGUCGUGGCUCUAGAGAUAGUCCACGGAGGAAGCAACACGACUUCACGAUCCAAAGUCUCGCCCUUCUACCUUCUUGACUGGGUGCACUUUCUAUGGGAGCAGAACAAGCUGAUGGAAGUAGUAGACCCGAGGCUUGGAACAGAUUACAACAGAGAAGAGGCGAUGAAGAUGAUCAACAUCGGGAUCCUCUGCACCCGUCAAGUUCCAUCGGACAGACCGUCUAUGUCAACGGUGGUGAGCAUGCUCGAAGGACACUCCGCGGUGGAUGUUGAGAAGCUUCUUGAAGCUUCGUUCAGAAAGGACGAAGAGAGCUUGAGAUCGAUGAAGAAGCAUUACGCGUUGAUGGAGAUGACGAAUGUGACGGAUCAGACUAAAACCUUCGAUGGACCAUUCACGUUGUCUUCUUCGUCCACGGCCAACGCUGGUGAUCUUUACCCUGUUAAGCUUGAUUCUGCUUAUUGGAACUCUAGAAAUUGA